AUGAUCAUCACGGGGGUGAUCAUCACGGGGGUGAUCAUCACGGGAGUGAUCAUCACGGGAGCGAUCAUCACGGGAGUGAUCAUCACGGGAGUGAUCAUCACGGGAGUGAUCAUCACGGGAGUGACCAUCAUCAUCACGGGAAGUGAAGACGACUGGUCGUUGAAUAGAAAGGACGAGUCGGUGAAGAGCAGAGAGGACGCUUCGGACGAGGGUAUCAUUACGGUGGAUUACGACGUGGUAAUUCUGCCUGGUGGGAAGAGUAGAGACUUCGAGGUGAAGGUGACAGAUCGCCAUCUGUUCGCAGUACCGAACAAAGGAAAGGCACGUUACCAGGCGACGUUGUUUGAAGAUACGACUCUGGCAACGGCCGCAUUUGCGGGUGUGGGAAGGGAUGAGAAGUCGUGUCCGACGUCUGAAUCGUUUACUUUCUCUGUGCAGGAUGACGACAUGAUUAUUCUCCGAUUUACGGACGUGGUGUUCAGAUUACAAGACGGAUACAUGGACAUCCGGCAGCACCUGAACCAGAAGCUCCAGCGAGGAGUGACGGGUGCGCGGGACGUAGCGGCUCAGAGAGAUCAUCUUGGUCGCGAAGGACUCAGCGCAGAUGGUGUUCACUUUCUUCGCAACAGUCGCUACCUUGGUGCACGCGGUCUGGUCUGUGCUCGAAUGUCCUGUCCCGUAGACCAUCCUGGACAACAAUUCUUUGAACCCAACCCUGUCCCUUUCACUUACCCAAGCGCAGCCGCCGACAGCUGCGGCAUCUUAUUUGAGGAGAUACUCAAGCUUAAAGACCCCACGACCAUUGGAGACGUCCUUGAAAAGCGGGCGGCAGAAGAAGAACCUGACCUCCCCGUCGAGAAGGAAGAUGAAGACGAAGAAGGAGAAGAUGAAGAAGGAGAAGAUGAAGAAGGAGAAGAUGAAGAAGGAGAAGACGAAGAAGAAGACGAGGAAGACACCCAGUUGCAGCCAGUGGCGGUGGACGAGCUGGACCGCGGCGUCCAGAGUGCCGAGGACGACCCAGCCUCGGGCUCCGCCCCGGCCCCAGCCGCGGCCGCGGCCGCGGCCGCGGCCCCGUCCUUUGAGGGCCGAAAGAAGUCGGUGUCAUUUGACGUGCAGAAGACCGCCGAUUUGAGGGACGACAUCUCUCCAAGGCCGCGACGACGUGCGACGGCCGGGGGUGUGGCGGGUGCGAUCGAUCGUGUGCGUCGUGGGGCGCCACCUAAUGUGGCGAGUUGGUUACCGCAAGCCGUGGCGGAGGUGGAACCGAAACGACGGAGUGUAGUGCAGCACACACCGGAUGUGAUGGGUGACUUAGCGUUAGGUCGGCUCUUGCAACAACAGAAGCAGACACCCUCGAAAUCGAGCGCGAAAUCAACUAUAAAAAAGCCCAAAAUUGACUCUUUGGAAACAGUUAUUCGGAUGCACGCUACUCGUGCGAAAAGUUCACAUACUGCACUCAAUCCCGACGAUCCGGAAGACAGGAAGUUAAAUGAGUUCUUCGAUAAUCCACCUCUCGUCGAUAACCACCACUGGUGA